GACAAUAUUUUUCAAUCCUUUUUUAUCGACGAAAUUUUUUUGCCAGCUAAAUCGCAUAAUUUCUUCGAUACAAUUAGUUUUAUAGUAUUUACAUUUGAGAUGAUACAUUACAUUUGAGGUGAUUACAUUUGAAAUGAGAUGAUAUAUUUCCAUUACUGUUGUGGAUAGAUAACUUCGUCGAUAAAAUGUGCUCGAUUAUUGUCAUUUUUAUCGAAUUACUGGAAUUGGUGUCACUCUGUUGCGUUAGACAGAAAUUUCAUAUUACAAGGCUACAUAUAAUAAUUUGCACUCAAUUCUAUAAUAAUAACGAUGCUCAUUUUCUAAUUUUUUUCUAUCAUUUAAUGCAGCGAAAAUUUAUUUCAUACCGUCUACAAUGUUUCGUUUUUCAUGCUUAACCAGACAUUGCCCUACCAUAUUACCGCAGUCUUGUAAACUCAAUUUUUUAUGAAUUCUAAUUAUGUCAUCGUUCGUAAUUAAGCCUGUAAUUAGUAGAAAUCCUAUAGAAGCAAACAUGCAAACGCUUGGUAUGUUUAAAUAUAGUACUGUAAUAGGAAAUAUAUUGUUCAUACGAUAGAAGAUCCACAUAACGGGUGUUUAUAUAAUGCAGGUUCCACUGCAUCUAUCGCUUUCAUAAAUAUUUUCUACUACGACUAAAAAAUGCGUAAAUUAUUUUAUUUAUCUCCUUCAAUAAUUUUGCUCUUACGCAAGUAUUGAUUUUGCAACUAAGAGAUUGUCGUUAGGCGGUAUUAACAGAAUCCACAAUCACUUAGUUGCCAACCCAAUAGUAUAUUUCGUUUAAGCGAUCGCUAAUCUACUAUGUGCAUAUUAAGCGACAAGAAAAGUUUUGUUAUAUUAUGAAUCUGUCUUGGCACGAAUAAGUUGAAAAAUUGCUUAAAAUUUUGGAAAAUCAGGAUUAAUUUACAGAUAAACUGCCUAUCUGUAUCAAAUCAAUGACCACUUUUAGUUAUCGAGAACGUUGCUUUCUCAUUUUUAACUACGAAUCGCAAUAAGCUGCGAUAACCGAUAACAGUUAACUAAGUAGUAACUUCCGGGUGGUGAAAUCGUCGUGAACGCAAAAACAAGUACACGUCAACGACCGGUCAAAACGUUUCCUUCUUUUCUCUAACAUCCAUCGUCUUUCUCCAUCACUUUCUUCGUCGAUAUUGUCGGUAAAAAAGGAGCUCGACUAGCACACGAAGCACUGACAAGGACGCAAUUCAGUUGCUGCUGGAACAACAGAGGGCCGAUGUUUGCAAAGAGCGGGGGGACACGGUUUUUACUUAUCUCUGCAGUUUUUAUGCCAUCUCAGUGCAAGAAAUCGGAAUCUCGACGUAGAGUUCUCAACGUAAACAAUACCAAGCUGUAAGAAAGUUAGAAUGAUUACGUGAAAUGGUCCAAUUGGCGGGCUUGUCUCUGACACCGAACGUCAUUCUAAAAUAAACAAUAAUCAUGGGUAGUGAGUUGAACCUCAACGAGAAUACAAUACCCGACCAAAAAUGGAGAAAAUACUUCCGAUGGAUGGAGGAAGUGUCGGUGGAGCCAACGAUGUGGCUGUACAUGAUGGCAUUCAUGAUCACUUCUGUCGUGGAACAAGCUUUUUUCGUCUACAAAGCGUGUCGAGUCGAUCACGGUUAUUCAGAAGAAAUUUGCGCUAAUCUGAAGGAUAACGCGACGAUAAACACCAAAGUACAGGUAACAGUGUCAAGUUUCCAUCAAUGGAAUAACAUAGCAGGCCAUGUGGUCCCUAUAAUACUAGCUCUAUUUUUUGGGAACUGGAGCGAUCGACGUGGUCGAAAACUGCCGCUAAUUGUUGGGCUACUAGGAAAGUUCAUCUAUUCUUUUAUGGUUGUAAUCAAUUCCAUGAUAGAUACAUGGGAUCUAAAUACUAUAGUAUAUACAGCGAGCCUUCCCAUGGGCAUGUUAGGAGGAGAUGUCGCUAUUUUUGGUUCUUGUUUUGCAUAUAUAUCAGACAUAUCAUCCGUUCAGCAAAGAACCCUAAGGAUUACCAUUUUAGAUGUGGUUUACCUCAGCACUAUGCCUACUGGUGUGGCUCUGGGCUCUUAUCUUUACUCAAAUGUUGUCAAAUCAUCCUAUACCAUAAUGUUCAGCAUAAACUCCACUUUAUUAGCUUUAGCCAUUUUGUACUCACUGGUUAGACUAAAGUGGCAAACAUUGCCUCAGCAACAGUCACUAGCAGGUACUAAUUUGUUAACUGACUACUUUGAUAAGAAACACGUGGUGGCAACUGUAAGGACAAUGACCAAGAACAGGCCAAAUCAUGGAAAGCUUCACCUGUGGCUUCUGCUGGUCAUCAUGAUGCUAUAUACUUUCCAAAGAGACGAGAAACCUAUGAGUUUCUUGUAUACUCAAUUGAAAUUCAAGUGGGACGUGAGAAAAUUUAGCAAUUUCAGAACAUUCCAAUCAGCUACCUUUGUGAUAGCGAUGCUAAUCGGCGUGCCAGUAAUGAGCAAACUGAUGGGAAUUAGGGAUACUAUUAUGGUAGCCAUUGGCGCUAUUGCUCAUGCUUCUGGAAGAGUAAUAUUCGUCUUAGCCGAGAUACCAGAAUUAUUCUAUGUUGGUGCUGCUGUAGCUGCUCUUGGACCAAUAGUGGCGCCAGUCCUGCGGUCAAUGACCUCAAAACUAGUUCCUGUGGACGAACGAGGGAAGGUAUUCGCAAUUUUAUCAGUUUGUGAUAAUGCAGUGCCUUUGUUCAGUGGCAUAUUAUAUUCCCAACUAUAUAAUGCGACCAUAGACUCAGCACCUAGCUCAAUUUAUUGGCUGACCUUUGUCACUCAAGUGUCCAUUCUAAUUCUUAUUCUAAUAAUUCAGUUUUCUAUGAGGAAUAAAACACAUUUAGAACGCAUAGAAUAUAUAGAUGAUGAAACUGACUGUUCAUCAAUACCUCCUACUAUGAGUCAAAACACAAGUAGAUGAUCUUCAAAUGAAAAUAUAUGCGAUUGAAUCUUAGACAAAUCUAAUUUUAAUUUUCUUUUUAUUUUGUAAGAUGUAUGUUUGAUUAAUAGGCUGCCAAUUUCUAAUAGAAUAUAAUGAAAGAUAUGUAGUAUACAAAGAGAUAUUUGUAAAAUACUAGUGGGAUAAAUUUUCCUGGAUUCGAUUCAAACAUAUGGUGUGUACUGAUGAUCUGUAUAUUAACCAUAAUCUGUAUAUUUUUUUAAAUUGUAAAUUUCCAUUUUGUGUAAAUAUCCGUCGUCUAAUGAUUAAUAUUGUAUUAUUAAACCCCUAUGAGUCACAAAUUUUGUAUAGAAUAACUUCUUCAGAUUUCAUUGAUGCAAACCAUAAGACCUAUAUUUCAUUAGCUGUGUUUAUAAAAAUGUGAAUAUGUUUAAGUAUCCGUAGCGCAGUGAUUAAUACUCUAUUAACAGAUAUCUAUAGUCCAUACAUCAGAAAUCACAUGUAUAAAAAGAGAAAACUUGAAUUAAUGAUGCAAAAACUUUUAAUUCACCAUGUUGAGAAAUUUCCUUAGAUUUUUAAUGUACAAUAUCGUAUUUAUUAUAUGUUAAUAUAUUAUAUAUUAUAUAUUACAUAUUAUAUAUUUUAUAUAAAUUGUAUUUAUAUAAAAAUAUUAUAAUUCAUAA